CGAUACUCUACUACAGGAUGCAUACGCUUGACUUUUGCACUCUUGAUGUCUUCACGACAAAACGCUAUGAGGGAAACCCCUUGGCACUCAUCAAGCUUCUCCCAGCUCAAAGUGAGCAAUUGACACAAGCUGACAAGCAAAAGAUUGCCAAAGAAUUCAAUCUUUCCGAAAGCAUCUUUGUACAUCUGCCGCACCCAGUAGACUCUGGUGAUGGUCCACAAGACUGUACGCCAGGCCUACAAACUGGUGACUAUAAAGUGGACAUCUUCUUGACCAAUAUGGAAAUUCCAUUCGCCGGACAUCCUACAAUCGGAGCGGCUACCUGGCUGGCCAAGAAUGGCUAUAAUCCAAAGAGAAUCAUCACAAAGGCUGGACCCAUUCCCAUUGAAAUGGACAAUGAUAUGGCAAACGCUGGAAUUCCUCAAGCGUUUCAUCGGCAUCGGUGGUUGGAAUCAUUACAAGCAAGUACCUUGCUUUCAGAAAAUGCCCGUCCUUACGCCCUGUGCUCAAUUGUCAAAGGCAUGACAUUCUUGCUCGUCGAGCUGAACACUUCGGAUGCGCUUGACAGGGUCCCUCUCAUACAAGCAGAUAUUCACGAGAUGUUGCCAAAGGUCAGCGAUCUGGAUGAAGGAUGGCGAACUGGCAUGAUUGGCGUCUACUACUUUUUCAAGACCCAGCAUCGGGAGGACGAUGAGCAGGGUGCUCACCAGUGUAUCUCUGUCAGGACACGAAUGUUGGAGGGUUUGACACUCGAAGACCCUGCAACAGGCUCUGCUGCCUGCACACUUGCGUGCGCACUGUUCAUGUUGGAAGACAAGCGGGCUCCAAAGAUGACGAUGGAGGUUACUCAAGGCGUGGAAAUGGGGAGACGCUCAGAGAUCAAUGUACAAGUGGAAGCCGACGCGUUAGGAAGUCUUGCCGAUGUUAUGGUCACGCUCAGAGGUACGGCUGUACCUGUCAUGAAUGGACAAUUGAUCAUCUAAAUUGGUUUGCUCUAGUGAUCAAAUUAGGAACGGCUUGCUAAUCCUGUUGCAUAUAGAGGCUGCGAGUCCACGACCAUCAUCGGAAGCUUAUUUCUGCCUAUUAGUAAGUGCAAAUCAAGUGAGGAACCGUACAGUGUGCGCAAUCUUGCUUGGAUUCAUCUGUGUCU